CUAAACUCCAGAUAUCAGCUGGGGAACGAUUAACUACAAGCUUACACAUGGGUUGUGUUUUAUACACAGAGAAACAGACACAUCCUCUGCCCCAAAGAAGUUCUGGUUUCUGUGAAGGAAGGAAAAUCCUCAGCUGAGACUUGGGUGAUCGGGUGUUGAAGUGUUCUCGGUCCCUGCCUUUGAUGUGAAGAUGACCAAGUUAGGGUUCCUCCGGCUGUCCUAUGAGAAGCAGGACACUCUGCUCAAGCUCCUCAUCCUGUCCAUGGCAGCUGUGCUGUCUUUCUCCACCAGACUUUUUUCUGUCUUAAGAUUUGAAAGUGUCAUCCAUGAGUUUGACCCGUAUUUUAACUACCGCACCACCCGCUUCUUGGCCGAGGAGGGCUUCUAUAAAUUCCACAACUGGUUUGAUGACCGUGCCUGGUACCCCCUGGGCAGGAUUAUCGGGGGGACCAUUUAUCCAGGCCUGAUGAUCACCUCAGCAGCCAUCUACCACGUGCUGCACUUCUUCCACAUCACCAUUGACAUCCGGAACGUGUGUGUCUUCCUGGCUCCCCUCUUCUCCUCCUUCACCACCAUUGUUACGUAUCACCUUACCAAAGAGCUCAAGGAUGCAGGAGCAGGCCUCCUGGCUGCUGCCAUGAUUGCAGUGGUGCCUGGGUACAUCUCUCGCUCCGUCGCUGGCUCCUAUGAUAACGAAGGCAUCGCCAUCUUCUGCAUGCUCUUGACUUACUACCUGUGGAUCAAGGCCGUCAAGACUGGCUCCAUCUAUUGGGCAGCCAUGUGUGCCCUGGCCUAUUUCUAUAUGGUCUCCUCAUGGGGUGGCUACGUCUUUCUGAUUAACCUCAUCCCCUUGCACGUCCUUGUGUUGAUGUUGACCGGCCGCUUCUCCCACAGGAUCUACGUAGCCUAUUGCACCGUCUACUGCUUGGGAACUAUCCUCUCCAUGCAGAUCUCCUUUGUUGGCUUCCAGCCUGUCCUCUCUUCGGAGCACAUGGCUGCCCUGGGAGUCUUUGGCCUGUGCCAGAUCCAUGCCUUUGUUGACUACCUGCGGAGCAAGCUGAACCCCCAGCAGUUCGAAAUCCUCUUCAGGAGUGUCAUUUCCCUGGUCGGCUUCGUCCUCCUCUCCAUCGGGGCCGUGCUGAUGCUCACAGGGAAAAUCUCCCCAUGGACAGGGCGUUUCUACUCCCUGCUGGAUCCUUCCUAUGCCAAGAACAACAUCCCCAUCAUCGCCUCUGUCUCUGAGCAUCAACCCACCACUUGGUCCUCCUACUACUUUGACCUGCAGCUUCUCGUUUUCAUGUUCCCAGUUGGUCUCUAUUACUGCUUCAGCAACCUCUCGGACGCCCGCAUCUUCAUCAUCAUGUAUGGUGUGACCAGCAUGUACUUCUCAGCUGUGAUGGUGCGUCUCAUGCUGGUGCUGGCCCCAGUGAUGUGCAUCCUGUCCGGCAUUGGGGUUUCUCAGGUCUUGUCCACCUACAUGAAGAACCUGGACAUCAGCCGGCCAGACAAGAAGAGCAAAAAGCAGCAAGACUCCACCUACCCCAUAAAAAAUGAAGUUGCCAGUGGCAUGAUCCUGGUUAUGGCUUUCUUCCUGAUCACCUACACCUUCCACUCCACCUGGGUGACCAGCGAGGCCUACUCCUCCCCCUCCAUCGUCCUGUCUGCACGGGGUGGGGAUGGCAGUAGGAUCAUCUUUGAUGACUUCAGAGAAGCUUAUUACUGGCUGCGUCACAACACACCGGAGGAUGCGAAGGUGAUGUCCUGGUGGGACUAUGGGUACCAGAUAACUGCCAUGGCCAACCGGACCAUCCUGGUGGACAACAACACCUGGAACAACACACACAUCUCCCGCGUGGGUCAGGCAAUGGCAUCAACAGAGGAGAAAGCCUAUGAGAUCAUGAGGGAGCUGGAUGUCAGCUACGUGCUGGUGAUCUUUGGAGGCCUUACUGGGUACUCAUCGGACGACAUCAACAAGUUCCUGUGGAUGGUGCGGAUCGGGGGCAGCACGGACACGGGCCGUCACAUCAAGGAGCAUGACUACUACACCCCCACGGGGGAGUUCCGCGUUGACCGUGAGGGUUCCCCAGUGCUCCUCAACUGCCUCAUGUACAAGAUGUGCUACUACCGCUUCGGCCAGGUCUACACUGAGGCCAAGCGACCACCAGGCUACGACCGGGUGAGGAAUGCUGAGAUCGGCAACAAGGACUUUGAGCUGGAUGUGCUGGAGGAGGCGUACACCACAGAGCACUGGCUGGUGCGAAUAUACAAGGUGAAGGAUUUGGAUAAUCGCGGCUUGUCCAGAACGUAGAGGAGCUGCCGCCACCCGCGCACCGACCGCACUGACCCUGCUUGGCCUGUGAAGCAGAAAUAUUUUGGGGGGAUUUUGGUUGUUGUGGGGGGGAUUGUUUUCCUUGUUUUCUACCAUUUGUAAGCACAGGCAGUGGGGACACACACACACAUCCCUGGCCUGCCCCUGCCUGUCCCUGCCUGCCAGGGAGUGAUUUUUAUACACGGAACAGUUGCCAAAUCGGAGAUAACGGCUUUAACGGGGCUUGAUUCACGGGAAUUGUGAGUAAUAAGAAUUAAAUUUUAAAAAAAGCCGGUUUGGUUUUGUUCCACCCCAGUUCUGCUGGGGAUUUUUUUUCCCCCAGCCUGAGCCCGCGGAGAGGGGUUUUUGGGGGCGUUUAGCUGCUUUUAAGCAAUUUGG